AUGACCCACACCUGUCAGCCAUGCUGCUGCAAGACCACCUGCUGCAAGACCACCAGCAGCUCUGAAUCCAGCUGCCCUGUGUUCAUCUGCUGCCAGCCCUGCUGUGCCCCAACUUGCUGCAGCACACCCUGUUGCUGCAAGUCUAACUGCUGCCAAAGCACCAACACUGUCAACAGCUGUUCCCAGCUGUGCUGUCCACCAACCUGCUGUGACACUGCCUGCUGUGACAGCAACUGUUGCAAGCCAACCUGUGUGACCAUCUGCUGCCAGCCUAGCCUCCUCCAGCUCUGCUGCCAACCAGCUUGCUGUGAAAGCAGCUGCUGCAAGACCACCUCUUUUAAACCCUCCUGUGUGAUCAUUGGCUGCAGCACCCCCUGCUGCCAGACCUGCUGUGUGUGCCCACCUGCUGAUGAUGACCAGCUCCCAAAGAAUCCUGGCAAAGCCACACUCCAGUGA